UCAGUUCCAUCGUGUCUCCCAAGCUGAUACACGGACACACACUCAUUCCCUACACUCACAAACACAACACUUGGACGAACUAUGUUAUUUUGAACCCCGGGUCGGGAGAAGAAUCGGAGAUAUAAAAAUCCCAUUUUGGAGAAAUUUUGUGAACUUUCCCAGAUUUGUUGAGUUUAGUGGCCGCGCCGUGAUAUCAGAGUUACUGCACCAAACUGCCAGUUUCAAACAAUUUUGCAGAAUUUUUAUUUUUGCUGAAAUGGCGGAUUUGUUCGCAUUUAUUUGGCGGAUUUAAAGAAUUUUGUGGCGAGGCUUAAAGAUUCCCUACAGUGGUGACGGCGCUUUAAGGAUUUUAGAAUGCAAGCUGUUGCUGCGCCUGCGCAGAGCGGGGUUGGUUCCCUCCAACAGAGGUCAAAUCUUCAGCAGGCCAUAGCGGCGCAGGUCAUUCAGACUUGUACUUCGUCAGAAGGUGAAUAUGAAGUAGAAAGAGGACGAGAUUAUUACGAAAGAAGAGAAGAACGAACCUCGUCCCCCUCAUAUAAUCAUGAGGACCCUCCGUCCUACCCUGAGGACGGACCCUCCUCCUACCCUGAGGACGGACCCUCAUCAUACCCCGAGGACGAGCCCACGAGCUACCCACGGGAAGAGAACAGCUCCCCUAGAUUCUCUACUAGAUCUCCCUCCUAUCCUCCAACCUACCCUGGAGCUGUAUAUAGUCAGUAUACUGGAGAAUCAGCUUCUCCUUCCAACUCAGAUGAGGAUCAUGAACGUGAAUAUGAUGGUAAGAGAGCUGGCGGAGCUUUGAACGGAUAUGUUUCAAAGAAACGAAGAAAGCAAAGUAAACCUAUCAGACUUGGCAGUGACGAUGGAGGAGAAGGAGGAGAAGGAGUUGAAAGGGGUGAGGAAGGAUGUGAGGAUGAGGGAGAUAUGGAAGAGGGUGAGGUACGUCAUGGAGUAGCUUCAGAAGCUAUGAGGUUUACUAAUGUAGAAAAUGAUGUUUGCCAGGAUGAUGCGCCACUUAACCUCUCCUCUGGGGUUAAGAAUGAUGAUGAUAAAGAGGUUGGAAGCCUCAGAGUACGAGGCCGAGAGCUCCUCCAGAACCCGGAAAAAAUCCAGGAGAAUCAUUCUAACCCUUCCUACCCACCAGGAUUCAGUUCUCACUUUGGACUUCCACCACACUUUCUCUUCCCCUUCUCAGGCAUGCCAGGGGGACCAGCAUCUCCAGGUUCAGAGUCGGAGCAAGGAUUCACUCCACCAACCUCGCAUGGUGGUAAGACCCAGAUAUUCAACAUUGAAGCCUACUGUAAACUUUGUAACAAGGAGUUUUGUAACAAGUAUUUCCUAAAAACCCACAUGGCCAACAAGCAUGGAAUCUACAGUGAUGCUGGCAUUGUGCCCACUUCAGGUCAAAGGUUUGACUCACUCACCCUUGGAGGAGGUGGUUCUGGAAUGUUUGAGCAGGGAAUGAGGAUGCCAUCUUCCUCCAUGAUGAGUAGUAUGGCACACACUCCAGUAUCAAUCUCAGGGUCAUUUAUGGCUAUGGCAUCUAUGCGCCCAUCUUUGGAAACUUCACCACGUAUGAGCUUAGGCCUUGACUCUAUUGUCAGAUCUAAAGGAAUUCAUGAAAACAAGUCGCCAAAUGAGUCCCCAGACCAUCAAGGAUCCCUAGAAGCAUCACCUGCAAGAAUGUCACCAAAGACAGGUCCCCCACCCCUUAUAUCAGGAGAUGAGAGAUCAGAAUCCUCAAAUGAGAGAGAACAAGGAGAGAUAACAGAUAACAAAGAGACUGAAUCCGAACUUAGAAAACUUGAGGAUAUGAACAACCUGCCUCCUAGCCUACGGUUAUCUAUGGUACCCCACAUGAACCCUUUUGGGCCUCUACCCUUUUUCAACAUGAACAUGGGCCCCAUGGACCUAAUGAGGAAAGAGGAGGAGAGAAAGGAUAUGAUGAAUAUCCCAACAAGUAUGAGCAGUCCUAGACCUAUUCCCAACAUUCCCAAUGUUCCCAACAGUUCUUCUAGUUCUUGCUCCAAGGGGUCAAUGACCCCUGACAAGCUGCGUCAGAUGGGAGUCAUUAAUGCAGAUGCUUUCUGUGAAUUUUGUUGUAAAGAAUUUUGCAAUAAGUAUUUCUUGCGAGUACAUAAAUUGAAGAAGCAUGGUGUAUGCUCUCCUGAACUACCACCAGAAAAAGUACAGAAGAUUCUAGCGCAAAUGGCCAAGGAAGCUGGUAAGACAGGACAGCCCAUGCCACCUCUAACCCUAGGCACCCCUUCCAUGAUUCGACCCCCCACCACUUUAUCAGAUCCCCCUAAAUCAAUUGGAGGCCCUCUUGGAUCGCCCCUCAACCUUAUCAGGCCCCCAACUUUGCCAAACUUUCUAAAUCUUCCUCCCCUAGAUCCAAUUUCCUACGGAAGAGAAGAUACCCGUUCUUCAUCUUCUUCUGAUAAACCGGAUGAAAGAGAGGAAGGGAGACCCAUAAAUUUACAGUUCUCCCCCCGCCAGAUGAUUGAACCGGAGUGUGAACUAAAAAUUGAUGAAAGUGCUUCGGUCAUCAAAUCACCAUUGCCAGAGGUCUCAGGGGACCAGUCACAGUCCUCGGAUGAGGUGGAACAAAGAAACCCCGAAAAUUGUGAAUCCGUGGAGGAUGAGAACAAGGGAAGGGAAACGAAUGAGGGACUAGCAAAUCUUCAAAACAUGAUAAUGAAACUGAACAAUGGGAAAUCCAAACUGACAUCCCAGGAGAACACAACAGUUUUUAAGAAAUGCAACAAAGAUAUGGAGAAUAAGUACUUCCUCCAUGCGCACAUGAUGAAUGAGCAUGGCAUGCUUAAUGCUGAGGAGGAGGAGGGUUUUGGAUCAUCCAACAUGUCCAUCUCUUUGCCUCAGUAUCCAGCAGAUCUCUCAAAACUCACAGAACUACAGGGUAUGAAGAGUCUAGGACUUAAUAUUCCAUGUCCCAUCAUGUCCCAGCCAAUGUCCCACUCACCACAGUCAAAUGGUUUACCAAAGCUUUCUGAGAAACCCAUGGACUACCCCAAAAGUAUAUUUGAACAGAUUCAAGGUCUUCCGCGUCCAAGCUUCUUGGACCAAAUGAAGAAAGAGUUAGGAGGAAAGAUGGACCUUAGUCCCUUGAAGCGCCCCAGCCUUGAUAGAGAUCCAAACAAGAAGCCAGCAAGCUUAAGCAGAAGCUACUGUGAGAUAUGUAAGAAAGAGCUUUGUAACAAGUAUUUUAUGAAGACACACAUGAUGAAAAUGCACGGAAUUGUUAUGGAACAAGGACCUCCCUCCAACUCCAUCAACUGCGAAAUUUGCAAGAAGGAAGUAUCCAGCAAAUACUUUCUUAAAGUUCACAUGGGUAAUGCUCAUGGACUGAAUGAAGACGGUUCUCCAAUCCCGCCCCAUAUGAGAGAGAACAGUUUAAUGAAUAUGUUCCCAAUGGGUGACUACCCACCCCCACCUAUGGGUGAGUUUAGCCGUCUAUUGAUGCAGCAAGGAGAGAAGAAUAUGGAACGAAUGAAGGAGUUAGACAGGAUGAAGGAUUCACAGGGACAUGUUUGUUCUCUUUGCAGCAACACCUUUUCAGAUAUUGUCACUCUUCAGGUUCACAUUAUCAAGAGUCAUGGAGCUAUGCCCCCUACAUCAGGCCUUGAUGGUAUUCUGAGUAAGAACAAAGACCAGGAGAGGGAUGAAAAUGGAAGGUUGGAGAGAGAAGAGAGUCGGGAGGAGGAGGAUGAUGAUAUUACAGACCGGGAUGAGGAGGAGAAACAAGGAGAUGAGGAUGGGAAAGAAAUCCCAUCACCUUUUCCCUUCCCCUUGGACUUCAACAAGAUGCAGAGCCAGGGAGGAUUAAAGAAUUCCCCGAUCAAUGACAUUCUGCAAAGACAAAUGAUGGGUCAGUUCCCAGGGGGCUUGAUGAACCCCCUCCUUCUUCCAGGCCUUGCAGCCCCUGGCGGUGGAGGCCAACAGUUUCAGGGGCUUUUCAACAUGUUUCUGUCAGAGAUGCUUAAGAAGGUGCAGAAGGAUACUCCGCCUCAAACACCCCCUGUCUCUCCUAGUCCGGGACAUACGCCCUCAGAGGAACAAAUGGAGGAGGCUACAAGUUAAACCCAGUUCAGCAAGUGUGUAGUCAAUCUACCAAAGAUUUAUCUUAAACCAAAGAAAGACGAUUUGAUCCUUUAACAGGACAGCAGUGUUAGAUAUAUAAUCUUAUCUAGUCUCGUCACUAAAUAGAAACUCAUUUCAAACCAAAGUAUUUACAAGAGUAAACCAAACCAUUCCAGUAACAGACACUGCUUUUAUUUCAGUCAUUAUUAAUGUAACAUUCCAAACCUUUAUCCAGUGAUUGCAGUAAAAACAGUCGGUGUAAACAAAACUGUAAAUUAUCAUGUUUUAUUUAAUUUUUAAACUAGGGGUGAGGGGGAGGGUUGUUUAUGAAUGUAUUUCCGUAUCUAUCUACUACCUCAAAUUCCAUGGCAACAAAAAUUAGUUUCUUUUCCUACUUUUUCAACACUCAAUAUAUCAUGAAUGGAGAGAUUUCAGUUCCUCUGUGAUUUUUAAUACAAAAUCUUCAACCAUUUCUAGUGCCAUAGAUAUUUUUAAUUAAAAAAUUUAAUAAGCCUCCUCUUGAAACAUUACACGUAUGUCAUAUAUUUUGAUGUGCUAUCAAAAUGUCUUUUUAAUCAAAUUUGAGAAGAGGUGUUUCAGCGGCCAAAUAUAAUGCUGAAUUUGUUGGCUAUCCACUAAUGCUAUUAAAUUCUGUGCAAGAUUUAAUCAAAUGUAAAAAAAGUGCUCGUCAACUUUCUUCUUUUCUAAAAAAUUAUGUAGUUAUAUAGAAAAAAUUUAUUUCUCAAAAUUCAUUUUUAAUUUUGGGCCAGAUAAAAAGGUCCGGAAUAAGAUGUCAGAAAUGUCAUUUAAAGAAAAGUAUACAGGCAGGGUUCUGAAGUCAAGGGGGCAGAAAGGCGGUCCUCCAACUUUUCUUGUUGCCUUCCCCUGAACUAUUAAUUCCAAAAAAUGCGCCAAAGGUUAUAAUUACAAAAUUUGCGCAUUUUUUUAUAAGCAAAAUUGUGGAUUUCUGGAUUUUGUAUAUUUUUCCGUAGAUGAAUAACAGCAAAAUGUUCAAAUAUUUUUUUCUUGUGAUUUUCAGUUUUCGAGCUUGCGCCGAUCUCAAAUUUAUUUCUAGUCAGAAUUUUAAAGUUUAAGUUUUUUGAUCUCUCUUUUUUAAUCUCUAGUCACAAUCUAAAAAAAAACAGUAUUUCGAAGUGUACCAUUAUGCCGUUGAAAUCCAAUUUUUUGCUAAAAGCGUGAAAAAAGUAAAAAUACUGGAUUUCUAAAUCCAUUUAAACAAUCUGUGAUCUAUGUCGCUGUCGACUUGUAAUUUUUAUAAAACACUAAAGGAGAUAAAAAAUGUAAAAAUUAUACAUUUUAUAAGUCGGGGAGAUCAUUAAAAACUACUGAACGCCCAUUUCUUUUCAUAAAUAUAACUUAGUUCACCUAAAAAAGUGUAAUUUAACCUGGACAUUUUAUAAAAUGAUAAAGAAAUGGGUUUUUAAGUAUUUUUUUGUUACCUUCACUAGGGACCUAAACCUGUCCCUAAAAGUAAACCAAGCACAAGGAGAUAAAUGUUAAAAAAUGUUUACUUUUGAAAAUCAAAAUAAUCACAGAUUUUUUUUUGAAAAAAAUUUAAUUUAUUU